UUUUUUUUUUUUUUUUUUUUGGUGUGUCAUUAAACCAACAAUCGAUUCAUGCAAAGACACACGACAAGCUGACAACAAUGCAGCAUGGGAGGGGACAAGAUUCCAAAGCAGGUUGUUUGCGCAUCUCUUACUUCAACCCCACAAAUCGGAUUGCAGGAUUGCAGGAUUUCAACAGGAUGACAAUGCCCACAUACACCGAAUAUCACAUUAUCAUGUGAAGAAGUACUCAUCCCCACUUCCUCCUCCUCAACUGUCAAUUUUAGGCCAUUGGCGAUGCAUCUCCAGAGUCCGAGGCCGAGGCAUGGAACCAUGUCCGACCGGCGGUUGCAAAAUUGAAGAUGUUUUACCAGUACUCGACUUCCAUCGAAAACUGCCUGCCGCAAAUCCUUCAGACGCUUUGUAUUGGCGAUGUCAACAAAAAUCUGGAGAAGCACCAAACGUUGGCAAGGAUUCUGUGCCGGCUCUUGGACUUUGUGUUUGAGUUUGAUUCUCUGAAGAUGAGGACGCCUCAGAUCCAGAAUGACUUUUCGUACUACCGGAGGUGCCUUUCGCGAGGCAAGCUGUCGAACGAGGGAGAUCUGAAGUCGGCGAUCAACGAGGAUGAGCUCGCGAACCAGAUCUCGAUGUUUUACGCCUACCCGACCCCGAUGCUGAAGACCGUGACGGAGGUGACAACCGACUUUGUGGCAAGACAUCACGUCGGCCGGAGCGUCUCCGAGUGUCUGGCAACGUUGGCGGGCGUUUGCUACAACACUGUCAACAACAAGAAGAAGCCUCAGCGGCCAGAGACGACGGCAUUCUGUCUCCGGGUGAUGGUGAUUGCGAUCAUCAUCUAUGAUCACAUUGACCCUCAGGGCGCCUUCAUCAAGAGCUCACCGAUCAACAUCAAGUCCUCGGUCAAGGCCAUUCACUCACACGGUAACUCGAGCGACACACCAAAUCUGCUGUCUGCGCUCAAGUUCAACACGAAGCACCUGAACGACUCUAGCACUCCAAAGACGAUCAAGACAUUGAUGGCAUCCUGCGCUUGAAUCGUUCUGAGUAAUCGGACAUGCGGUUCACUCAUAUCCGCUACUGACAAGUAAGGUCCCAACAGCAGGCUGUGGAGCGUUUCAUCUGUCAUCAGAGGGUCACUUUCGUUUGAGCGCUCUGAAGUCAAAGGAGCGAUCGUAUCGAUAUUCCCAACUCUAUCAUUCCAUCGCCAUCUGCAAAAUCUAUCGCAUUGAAAUCGUCUAUGCCUUCUGCAAAAUACCCCCCUUCCGAUAAUGAAUAGGCGCAACCUUUUUCUCUGCGACA